CAAAUUCGUAAGAAUCAAUUUGUGAAAUGGUCUAUGAUACUUCUUCGGCUCAAGAUCAAUAUGAAUACCCUGAAUACCAUUGAGACACUUUUUGAAUUAUCAUUGAAUCAGUUAUGCAAAACCAUGAAUGAAGAUACACUGCAGUAUGUGUUGAAAUCGUCAACUCCAACAAUCUGUAUGGAAAUCAUCUGGAAGGUCUUAGGUUUAAAAUUAUAUGAUGCUAAUGAGAAUGCAGUAAAAUCAGGAUUCGAUAUUGUUCAAAUGGAUUUCGAACCUCUACAAUGUUGUAUGUCUCUUGAUAUAAUCAAUCCUGAGAUUUUUGAACACUUUGCCACUAAUCAACAAAUCAUAGAUAGUUUUUUCAUGAUAGACACUGCCAAGAAGUCUGAUGGCUUUGAUGGUAUAGAAAGAAUAAACCAAAAUGAAAUAAUAAAGCAGUUCUUUUUGGAAAUAGUUGAGAUUGCCUUUUCUAAUGCAUUACAAGUUUCUUUACAUUCACUUGGAGAAAACAACCUGCUUACAGCAAAAAUAUAUGAUUAUCCAGGAACCAUUUAUAUUUAUCAGGAAAAAUAUACUGAAUCCAAAGAAAUGUAUUUAAAAGAGAUUGAAAUCAUAAAAUCAAUUUUAGGAACAAACAAUGUAGAAUUUGCUAAUUCUAUAGUACACUUGACUAAUUUGUUCAUACAUUACCUGUAUAAAUUCCAAGAGGUUGAAUUACUUUUAUUGCUAACAAUUAACAUUUAUGCAAGUAUCUUUGAUGGACCAAUCAGAGAGUUUGGGACUGGCAUAGAAAGAUUGAUUUACACUUAUAAAGAAUUUAACAAUAUGGAGAGGUUUAAUUUUUACACUAAUUAUUUGGCAACUAUUAAUGCAAGAUAUGGCAAUUGGUUUCAUGCGUUGCAAUAUGAAAUAUCUGAAGAAAACUGUACAAACACCAAUUUAAGUUUGGAAAAGUUGAAAUGCAUAUUAAAUGGAUGCAGUUGUGGCCAGUAAUACAUUUAAGAAGAAAAAUAAUUUUAAAAAUUAAGUUGAAUUAUAAGGAUGAAAACAUUUUUUACUUUUCCAAAUAUAAUGGAAAUAUUUUUUUAUUUAAUGAAACUUAAAUAUGAGCAAACUCUAUCUAGUAAUAUUCUCUAUCACAGUGAUUAAGACCUAUUUAAUAACAUUAUUUUAUUUUAAUCACUUGUAAUCUGAAUUUGUGUUCUCAAUUAUUUUAUAGUGAUUAAAUAUAAGGUUAAGUUAGUCUAGAACUAUGUUUAAAAUUUUUA